UUCAAGAUCAAAAGUAUGCCACUGAAACUGUUCAAAAUGUAAUCAGCAUAUGUUCUUAAUUUAAUUUGCCACGUCAGGUGAAGAACAAUCAUGGAUAUAUUUGAGCUGAGACAGGUACUUAGGCAACUAACAAAACCCAGGAUCAAAAAGCGCGAGCUCGCAUCUUCCAGUCUUCGAAGUCUAGCGAUGCAAGCGAUCGUUUCUGACGCUAAUUUUUACUGGAUCAUGGGCAGCAUAACGCGUUGCAAUCCAUUCAGCCCCUUACCUGACACGGUGAAGACCGAACUGCUGGGCGCGUUGCUGAAGAGGCAGGACUCGGUGAACACAGAGGAGCACGGUACGGUGAGCGCCAUCCAGUGGCUGCUCAAUCCGACCGUCACUAAGUUCACCUUUCCGCACUUCCACUUCAGGGAGUCGCGUUACUCUGACCUCUGGAAGGUGCUAACCCUGAGAUGCCCACAUCUGCAAACCGUCAGCUGGACCUUGGGCGGCUCGAACAGAAACGUCGCUCACAGAGCCAACUUCUUCAGCAGCAUGGUCCAGUUCAGGGAUCUGCAGGCCAUUCACAUGCAUGAUUUCAUCUGCGACGACCUCGAUCUGUGCAGACUGGCAGCAAAUUUGCCGAAACUCAGGAGUUUGGACAUUUGCUUCUCAAGCGACGUGUCCAGCCUCGGAAUCAAUGCGCUCUCUAAAUUGGAGCACUUCCAGGAUCUGCAGUUCGGACUGAACGCUGGAACUGAUGACACCGUUGAAAUGUUCUUCUUGCUGUGCAUUCAACGCCUACCAACCUUGCAUUCAAUUCAGUUCAAACUGCUAUACACCUCCUCCAUUCGCCACACCUGCAAGUUCACCGCGAGUGCCUUGCGGAGGAUCCGCGAGGAGCUAACACUGGCUCUGAAAACGCUAUUCCUAGAGGGCGAGGCCAAUCCGUCGCCGAAUUUACUUCUUCCUAACCUUGAAACGCUAUAUCUCCUCAAGCCGUCCACCGAAUUUUUCCCAGACGAGAGAUUUUCCAAGCUGACCGAACUGAGUCUACAUGACGCGGAUCCGAACGUGUGUGAUCGGAUUCUCAGGUCUGUCGGACGCCAGCUUCAAACGUUGUCGAUCAGCGUGACCGAAACUCUGGCGCUGGACGUACUCGUGCGAGAGUGUCCGAAUUUGGAGCAGUUGUCGAUCGAACAGGACGAGAAAGACAUUGUUUUUCACGAGCCCUUUAUUUUGAAGAAACUGAGGAAGUUGCACGUCAGCAUUAAAGACUUCGAGGCCAACCACUUGGCGCAGAAUUUUCAGCCUGGCUUGCUGAUGGCGUUGCUGCGCUGCCCACAACUGCACGACGUUAGUUUCGAAUGCACCAACCUAAGCGAGGAGGACGCCGCAGCCAUCAACUUUGCAGUUUUGAACAAUUCGAUUCUGCAGCAAGUGGAAAGCUUCGUAUUUCACACUGCUCGGAAGAGUGAAGUGUUUGAAGAGUUCCAAGAGCAGUAUGCUGAUUAUAUCAAACGCGUUCAGACACUUCUCAUCAAUGUUGCAAUGUACUGUCCUCGCGUCACAAACGCUUUAUGAGUGCAUCAGUGCAUAAAACAUCAUUACGUAAAAAUUGCUAGAAUAGCAUAAUUACAAUUAGCAUCGAUAUUUCAGUUGAAUAAAACGAAUAAAACGUCAAAAGAUCUCACAAACAGCUCCCAA